CCACAGCCUUUCAAAGGCUUGAGGGAGAUGCGGCCUUUUGAAAAGGAGCUAACGGAGGAAUUAGGGGAGCUGGAAGCCAGCUCUGAUGACGAGGCGAUGGUAACCACCAGGGUUGUCCGCCGGCGAGUGAUUAUUCAGGGAGAUGACUUGCCUGAUAUUCCCCCAGAAACUGUCACAGAAGAAGAAUACACUGAUGAGCAUGGCCACACCGUGGUGAAGAAGGUUACUAGGAAAAUCAUUAGGAGGUUCAUAUCCCCUGAUGGCACAGAGAAAGAAGAAAUCACACUGCAGGGAACACCACAGGAACCUCUCACCAUCGAGGAUGGGGAUGGCUAUUCCAAAGUUAUAAAACGUGUCAUAUUGAAGAGUGACACUGAACAGUCAGAGGUAACUUUGUCUGAACCCAGCAUUUUGUCGAGUACCUCACAAUUUCAGGCUGAACCAGUAGAAGGCCGUAGAGUCAGCAAAGUUGUUAAAAGAACUAUGGUGCGUGGAGAGAGGAUGGAGAAGCACCUGGGGGAUUCUAGGUUAGCCAGUGAUCUUCCUUCUGCCAAAGAUGACUUUGAAGAGGCUUUGAGUUAUACAGGUAGCCCUAUGAAGGUCCACGUCCCCAGUUUAGUAGAGAAUGAAAUCCUGAAAGAGGAUGGAUCAAUAAUUAAAAGGACAACAAUGAGUAAAGCCAGUACACAGAAGAGGGCUGUAGUGAAGGACCAGCAUGGGAAAUGCACUGACUUGGAGCACCUGGAGGAUGUACCAGAAGCACUAGACCAGGACGACCUCCAGCGUGAUCUCCAGCAGCUCCUUCGGCAUUUCUGCAAGGAGGACUAGAAGCAAGAGGCCAAAUGAGGGGCUGCCCAGUUCUCACACCAGAAACCAACCACACAUUCACUCAAUAUGCAACUUUCCAUGUCCUUAGAGGAAUGACCUAACUGGCCUAAUUAGUGGGAUUCCCUUGACAUUUCCACUGUUAGCAAAUAUACAGCUUUUUAUUUUAGUUUUUCCCCAAUCCUCUUUAACUAUAAGCUAAUUUGUGACCAAAGAUAGCAUCCUUCAUUUGGGAUGCUGUAUCCACUACUUUGUGUCUGUGCUAACCUGGGAAGUGGUCACCUCCAUUGUUCUUUGCUUCUGCGUAAGUUCCAUGAAAAUUCAUUGCUCAGAAGAACUUCACCUGCAGACCUCUUCAUGUGACAUACAGAGGAAUCCUCCCAAGGGAUAUCUGUGUACAAUGUAUAUAGCUGAAACGCUCAGAUAAACAGCACAUUAAAAUUAAGAACCACUGCCUGUCAUAACGACACUGGGCGUCAUGAAAUAAAAGGCCUCUAGAAAUUGCUCAACAAUGGUUAAUUAGGCUAUUGCUAACACAAUCGGAUAUUAACACAGUUCUCCUGCAAAUGAAGCACUUCAGACCUAUGAUGUCCUUAGAACUUCCAGAGUAGCCAUUGCUCCUAAUCAAAGAUGGGUUAACAAUCUUGAAGAACUAUCCUCACUAAGAAGUGAUUGCUGGUGCUGCCAUAAUUUAUGACUCUCCAACAGCCACUGAGGGAGAGGAUGAAGGGAGCAGAGGCAAAGAGAUUGAACAAUGAGGUAUUCUGUUGCUAGAAGCCAUAUCCUGUGGCCUUCUAGCAUCUUCAGGUCUUUUAGAUUUUGGACAUGUUGGCAGGGUAUUUUAAAAGCUAUAUCUACUGUAGUUUUCCAGUUUUCACUGCUGCUUUAGCAAACCACGCUGUCUUACUGGUGGUACUUUCUUCUGGCCACUGUACUGUAGAUAAUUCAUUGGAAAUAAGAUUUACCCACUACACAAAAGGUUAAACUCCUUCGAGAUGUUGGAGUGGUUUCUUUUUUCUUUUUUUGUCUCUAGGUUUAUAUCUUCUUUAAUACCUGCAUGUGGUACUUAAAAGUCAAAAUCACAGUCAAAACCCCUCUUCUAAUCACAUUAAUGGUUUUCAUUUUUUUCACCCAGAGUGAACACUUUUUACUUUCUAGCUAAGUCUGUUUUUCAGCUUGCAGACAAGAUUGAGAAAUCCUUUGAAAAUUUGGUUUUGGUUAAAAUUAUUGGUUUAUUUAUUGGAAAUCCAAACUCCCUUGGAAACUCCUAAGUGCAUUUGUGCACUUUCUGUUUGUUUGUUUCAAGAAGGGACUGUAACAAUCUGAACGAUUUCGCAUUCUAUUUCUUAUUCAUCUGGUGGUGGAAGCUGUGUAGCAUUUUAACAUAUAUAUAGUCACAAAUAUAUUCAUAUAAACAGUAUACAUUUUGAAUCAGUUAUUUGUUAAAGAAAAAUAUAUUCAAUGAAGAUGGAAUUAAAAAAAAAUACAGAGUCUAUCCUCCAGGGAUUGAACUUUUUCCAAUUCUAUCUGGUCUUUUCCUGUUGUGCAAAAAUGACUCAUUGCUCCGAAUGGCAAAAACAAAUGUGACAAACAAUGACACUUCAUCACUUAAAGUAAUGUUGCCAAGAGAGAAAAUUUCCUGGGAGGGAGGUUUCCCAUGAGCCAAGUCUCUAAGCUUCAAACGCUAGCACUUUUUGGCAGUUGGAUAGGAAAUACAGCAUUUUUUGGCAGCCAAAAGGAGAGAGGCCUGUGGUGAAGCUUUUUGAGACGCACGAUGGCCUUCUCAUCCAAACGUUCACUGGAGCUAAGAAAAGCAUUUCUGUUGUGUUAUUUGCAGUGCAGAUGAUGUCUGUGUAGCAACAUAAUGGUUAUUUCACCUUUUUAUUUUUUGGAUUUUGGUUUUUGCUGUGUUAUCAAAAAACUUGAAUACUGUGAGAAGAAGUGAAUUUUCAGUUGAUGAAUCAGCAUCUUGUUCCCAUGGUGAUAACACUAAUUGAAUAUAUCUAUGAGGGCAUGUAUUAGUUAAUGGAAAAAAAAUACAACACUAACAAUACAUAGCUGCAAUGUCGUACAAUGGCUGAUUUAAUUAAAUAAAAUGUACAAGUGUUAAAUGUG